AUGAGUUCCAACACAUACAAAGGCGGCUUGGCCGUUGGUGGUUCCGCCCUCGACAAGUCCAAGUUACAGCUGCGCCGUCCAACGCCGGACAGUGAUGUCUUGGCAUCUAGUGAUGAUGACCGUGAGCACGUGGCUCCUGUCGUUCGCCAGGCCCCUGGCGCGUACCCUGCAGUACGACGCCCCUCUUCUGGUUGGCUCCAUGACAUCCAGCCGAACCGCAAAUACUCGUUGCCAUCAGUGUCAUUUGCAGGGUCGCUACCGACGACGCCAUCGCUCGAGUUGCCGCAGCAGACGCGUCCCAGCACUUCGGCAUUCCCUUGGAAUACGCCUAGCUUCACCUCGAGUUCAAACAGUCGCCUGAAGGAGGUUGCCCCCUCGCCUACCUCUGCGUAUCCGCCUGGUGAGAAGCCUCUUGCUUCUCCCACCACCACGCACGAGGCCGACGACGGCAUUGGUUUUCUCCUUAACCAGCAGGCUCCAAACCCAUUCCGCAAGGCUGUCCGAUCGCAAUCCUAUAGCAUAGGUCAAGGCGAUAUCGAGCAUCACCCUGUAAGCCGCUUCUCACGUCAACCCCCUAGUUCUAGCCUCCGUCACCGGCCUUCUAAGCCAAGCCUCCUUGGUGAGUCAGCCGUCGGUCUUUCGCAGCUGCGCGAAGACGACGUUGACGAUAUCGAGUCAUCCAACGGUUCAGAGCACGGUGUGCGUUUACCUGCCGGAUACUGGGAGCGAGAGCAGAAGCAAGCUUUGCUGAAGCAAGCCGCCAUGGAGAAUGCACGCGCUCGCAACCGAGCCACCUCCACUGGCUCGCCAGUCCUUCAACUGCAGCAGCAACGCCGUAAGACUACUGCUGGCUUACGUAACAGCGGGUACAACAACGCAGCCGAGUAUGCUAUCGAGGAGCUCGAAGACGUCGACCCGGCACUGAACGUCCCUGCUCCCGGACUCACUCGUCGUUUCAGCGAGCAUGUCUCAGUCCUCAAGCGAGACCACGAGGUUGAAAUUGUCGAUAGUCCGCAGAAGCCGCAGUGGGCGACCGGCAACAUCUCCCCAGGUGAGGCUGACCCCCUUGGUCGUCGCCACUCGUUUGCGCACUAUGGAAGCUACAACUCAACGAUGCCACUUUCGACUCUGAGCAACACACAGGAGGAAGAGGAGGAGUACAUGUCCCCCCGACAGACUUCUCCUAACGAAGACAACGAGCCGUUUGAUGCUGCAGCCUACUUCACUGGCUACGGCCCUGCAUCUCGUGCCAUCAAUUCCUCGGCUAUCUCGGCAGCUCAUCCAGAUCCGAUUGUGCCCAACACCGCAAUGUCUGCUGGCAAUCCGUACGCUGUGCCCAACAUCCUUGGACGUUCUAAUCGUCGCCUGUACGUCGUCACAUUCAAGUGUUCUCGUGCCGAUAUCUACUACGUAUACGACAACACCGGGCUUGAGGUUCGCCGUGGUGAUCUGGUCAUUGUCGAGGGCGACCGUGGCUGCGAUCUGGGCCAGGUCACUCAUGCUGACGUGACUAUGGAGGAGGCUAAGAAGCUGAAGGCCGAGGCGAACGAUGAGCACUUCCGUUGGCUUGUCAUGUUCUCUCAGUAUUCUCUAGCCGGCACCCAGAACGAUUCGGGAAUGCUUGGUGCCCUUGCGCGUGCUAAUGGAUUUCCGAACCCCAUGAGCCGCACUGGACUGGCAGGUCAGGGAGAGCCAGAGGUCAUUAAGCCAAAGCUUAUCAAGCGUCUGGCUCAACAGCAUGAGAUCAUGGGUUUGCGUGAGAAGGAAGGUGGCGAGGCCAAGGCCAAGCGCCUCGGAGCACAGAAGGCCGCUGACCACAAGUUGCCUAUGGAGAUCUUGGACGCUGAGUACCAAGCUGAUUACCACAAGCUCACCUACUUCUACUACGCUGAGUCGUACGUCAACUUCAACGAGCUUGUCACAGACUUGUUCAAGCAGUAUAAGGUCCGUAUCUGGAUGUCAGCGGUCAACCCGGCAUCUGUCGUCAACCCGGCAGGCAUGUCUCAGAUACCGCCACCCUCUGCCAUUGGCCCUGGAGCGAUCAUCACUUCCAACACUAAUGCCCCGCUCUCUGUUGGUCCUGGAUUCGGCUCCAACAACAAUCGUCCUGCCCAGCAGUAUGGUCAAGCCCGUAACCAUGGCUCAUAUGGUAACUACGAUGAGGGCUUCCACGCUUUCUCGCAUCAGAUCCCUGCCUAUCCCGCACAGGCUCAGUACAACAUGCAACCAUGGGCUCAUGGCCAGCAGAUGGCGCCUCACAGUCAACAGAUGGCACCUCACAGCCAACAGAUGGCGCCUCAUGGUCAGCAGAUGGCGCCCCACAUGUACCGAAACUACUAUCCCAACGUUAGUGCGAGUGGCAGCCAGAUGACCUAUGGAGCUGCUGGCUACUAUCCGCCGACAACUUACCCUUCGUCUUACGGUGGAAACUACGUCCCAACCACAACUACGGCCGGAUAUGCUACCUCGCGCAACUACACGUCAAAUGCUGGCCAGUCGUUCGUUCCCCAUGUGCCUACAACCUAUGGUGGCAAUGUUCCUUACACUUCGGGAAGCAGCCAGUCCAACACUGGUGGCUACUAUGGUACAUCUGGACCACAAGUCAACGGUACCUCUGGCGCUUAUGCGGGUAGUAGUGCGCACACGACCACCACUGCAGCUCACCAGAACAACAACUACGACCCUGGUUUGAUGAAUGCCAUGCAGCACAUGUCUCUCGGCAACUAG